CGCACGUCCAAAAGGGAGAAGGCGCUAAGGAGCAAACGCGCCCAGCGAACGGGAGCCCAGAAGGCCAAAGCGCAAUUCCGACGUGCUUGAUUGGCGCUGCCUCUGUCCUCCCGCUGCUGCGGCCGGACCCCGCCGGAGGCCGCCUUUUGCAUGGCGAGGCCGAGCCCCGGGGGCGGCGGAGAGGUCCCGUCCGAGCGCCGAGCCUCAGCGCCGCUGCGUGACCUCUGUGAGGAAGAUGUCGGUACAAGUGUGGGAAAAGAUGAAAAACAAAUGGUGACAAGUGGAAGCAGAGAGUGUAAUGCUCUGCUACAGGAACCCAUUGCUUCCACUCAGUGUGCUGUUGCUGCAGUGACAGAAUGUCACAAGCCUGUCCUCUGUGGAUGGGAGAGGAUUGUGAAGCAAAGGUUAUCUGGGAAAACAGCAGGAAGAUUUGAUGUGUAUUUUAUCAGCCCACAGGGACUGAAGUUCAGAUCUAAAAGUUCAGUUGCUAAUUAUCUUCGCAAAAAUGGAGACACAGCUCUGCAGCCAGAAGAUUUUGAUUUUACUGUUCUUUCUAAAAGGAACAUCAAGUCAAGAUGUAAGGGCCCCAGCGUGCCCGCUCUGACAGACCAACAGCAAAACAACACUAACAUUUCAAGCCGGAACCUCCGGACUCGAAGCAGGCGGAAAACAGAUGUUUCUCCUCUACCAAAUAGCACUUCAGAGUUGCAAGAUAGCAGAGGACCAUCUAACCUUGAUUCCUUCCAUGUGCUUUUGAGAGAAGAAGAGAAUGUUAAUGACGUUAGCUCUGGGAAGGUUAGGAAAUUCAAGGGAAAAGUGACUGUUUUGAAAGGAAUUCGAAUUAAGAAAACCAAAAAACAGUGCAGCAAUCGUCUUUCAGAUUCUGCCCAAACUAAUGCAAAAAGAGAAUCUGUGUUUAAUAAAGCAGAGGCUGAAAGGGCAUCUGUUUCACAAGGAAGUCAACUUGAUAGAACUUUCUGCGUUUCUAAUGACACCACAACCCACGGUACCUUCCAUGUGACCGAGGAGGAAAAGAGCCUCAUAAAAGAAAAGUCAUUGCACCCAGGAUCAGAUUUUCAUUUUGAACAAAUAACAUCUGGUAUCACAAACAAAUCAUGUCCAACCACAGAAGGGGAACCCAAGAAGUAUGAGGAGACCGUUUUAGAAUCAGAGGAAAUCAGAACAAAAGUAGAAGAUGCGGAAAGAAAGGAACAUUUGCAUACUGACAUUUUGCAGUGUGGCUCUGAAGUGGACAACAGCUGCUCACAAAGCAGGAAAGACUUGACUUCUGAGAAAAUGCAUCCAGAGGACAGCAACCCUCAGACACACACAGAAAAGCGGAAGACAAGCCAGUACUUCACCAGCAAGUACAACAGAGGAGCUCUUAGCCCUCCUCGACGCAAAGCCUUUAAGAAGUGGACCCCGCCUCGGUCACCUUUUAAUCUCAUCCAGGAGACGCUGUUCCAUGACCCGUGGAAGCUCCUCAUCGCGACAAUAUUUCUCAACCGGACCUCAGGUAAGAUGGCGAUCCCUGUGCUGUGGGAGUUCCUGGAGAAGUACCCCUCGGCGGAGGUGGCCAGAGCUGCAGACUGGAGAGAUGUGUCCGAAUUGCUGAAACCCAUUGGCCUCUACGAGCUCCGAGCCAAAACCAUUAUCAAGUUUUCAGAUGAGUACCUGACCAAGCAGUGGAAGUACCCGAUCGAGCUUCAUGGAAUCGGCAAAUACGGCAACGACUCUUACCGCAUUUUUUGCGUCAAUGAGUGGAAGCAGGUGCACCCUGAAGACCACAAGCUGAACAAGUACCACGACUGGCUUUGGGAAAACCAUGAAAAGCUGAGUCUGUCCUGAAGCCUUUGCCGCCCCAGACUCUUCAUUUUGUGCUUUGCUUUUUUUUUCCCCUGUGCUUUGCGUCUUGGUUUCUAUGAGCUCCAUGGAGCAAACCAGCCGCCUUCCCCCUGAGUCAGGUGUGAGGCUGGUGGCCGGGGAGUACUUCCUCAGCUCGUGUGCCCAUGGUGCUGUGUUACUGAAGGCAGUAGAAGAUUCUUUGAAAUUUAAACAACAGUUCUAAAAAUGUACAUGACUUUUCUGAUACUGAAAUGGAUGUAAAGGUAAAAGGCUUUUCUAAACUA